AUGGACCAAAUCCCCCACCUCGGAGAUGAUGAAGAAAAGAAGUCGCUUCCAGAGUUCACCCUUCGUCGAUUCCAGCUCUCCGAUAUGGACGAGUUCAUGGAGUGGGCGUCCGACGACCGAGUCAUUCGAUUCCUCCGGGAGCCACGGACGGACAGAGCAGCGGCGCUCGGCCACCUAAAAGGCCGCAUCAUGCCGCACCCGGGGUACCGAGCCAUCUGCGUCGAAGACUGGCCCGUCGGCUGGGUCUCCGCCACCCCGGCGCCGGACGACAGCCUACACCAGGCCUCGCUGGGGUACGGCCUUGCUUACGACCACUGA